GCUCAACACUCGGAAAGUGCAUCCAGCCGGCGUUUGGUUCAGAACGCGCCUGAAACAGUCGAAUGUCAGUUGCGAAACGCUUGAAUAUCGCAGACAAUCGCGAAUCGCGGUAGCGGCAAUCGGUCUCGUUUUACUCGAAUAAUCAAAAAAAUUGUGAUCAUUUUGUUUCGGACAUUGUCUAACUUCUAGAAUGUGGUUCAGUUAGAGACCAGAAAAACGACGAUUUUCCAGAAAACACUUUACGUAAAAUGUCAAGGCCAUUCACAUCAGUCCGCUUAAACUAUUUGAAGGACAUCAAAGGUUGGCCAUUCAUUCUUCUACCGGCACAAUAUCUAUUAUAUUCGCUGCAGAAUAUUUUAUGAAUAUUGCUGGUUGCUUCAACGAUUGGUUUUGAGUAUCAAGAAGAACGAUGCCUCCAAAACUCUUCGGAAGCGACAUGAAUCAAGGAGUUCGAGCAGUAUUGCUGACCGCUAAAGCUUUGGCAGUACCAGUGGAUCUAAUCGAUGUCAACGUUUAUACAGAAGAACACAUCGAAGAAGAGCUUUUGAAGGUGAACCCCGACUACACGAUUCCGACGUUGGUCGAUGGGGAAUUUGUGAGUUGGAACACUCACGCCAUUUUAGGAUACCUGGUGAAUAAAUAUGGCGAAGACGACAGUCUAUACCCGAAGGACCCAGAGAAAAAGGACCAAGUAGAGCAAAAAUUAUUUUUUGAAUCUGAUACGCUAUGUCCCAGAGUCAACAGCGUCAUUCAGGCGAUCAUAGUAGAAAACGAAAAAGAAAUCCGCACCGAGAAAAUAAGUGCCAUUACUGAGUCCUACAUGCUACUGGAUGGGUUUCUUGAAAAUAAAAACUUCCUGACUGGAGAUAGUUUGACGAUAGCUGACCUGUGCUGUGUAGCCACAGUCAGUACAGCUACAGUUAUCACUCCUAUAUCGACUGAAAAAUAUCCCAAUUUGUCUCACUGGUACCGAACAUGCAAAAAUCUAAACUACUACGAAGAGACCAAUGGUGUCGGAUUGAACAACCUGGAUGCUUUAGUUGAAUUAAAACUGGGACGCCCCAGGACAAAGGAACUAUGUGAAUAGCACUUCUUGUGAAUACUUUUGUGAUAUUUUGUACAAUUUUUACUCUAGGCUACUCCUAUUCGUGAUCUAUUUAAUUAUUUAUUAACUUAUUGACGCAAGUUUCAAUAUUGAUUAUUAUAAUAAACGCACAAGUAUAUCUACCA